AUGGCGUCAAAGGAAGAGAUGGAAAUGCUUGUUCAUGCCUUCGUCUCUUCUAGAUUGGAUUAUUGUAAUGUUCUGUUCACUUGUCUGAACAAAUCCUCAAUGGAGCGAUUGCAGGUUUUGCAGAAUGCAGCUGCUAGGCUUUUAACCAGCACCACACACACACACACAGAGAGAGACAAACACACAGCUGUCUCUCACACUGACCAGAACAAUGUGAAUCCCUCUGGAUCCAGGCGUGUUUCCUCUUCUCUCCACACCGAGUCUGUCGCUUUUCCUCUGGAAAAAAAAGCCGGACCUCCCUCCACACCUCCUCCUCCUCCUGUCCGCUCCUCACGCCAGAACUGCGGACAAUUCCUCAAAUUCCAGCCUUCCUCGCGCGCUUGCACACACUCGAGCAGAUAUUUACCGCCAAAACACCUCACACAGGAUUGCACAUCAGCCCAUUUCCAGACCUGGAAAAUCCUGUGUUUUCCCAGCCACGGCCUCUUCCAGAUCGUCCUCAGUGUUCGGCGGGGCGUUUGUGUCUCUCCCUCCAGCACCCUGUCGUCCGAGUGGGCAUCGGCGUCCUCCCCGGGGGCCGCCAGCGAGGACUUGAGCGAGGGAUUGGACAAGCCCCUGGAGAACGAUGCCGAGGGCGUGUGGAGUCCAGACAUCGAGCAGAGCUUUCAGGAGGCGCUGGCCAUCUACCCACCCUGCGGACGCCGCAAGAUCAUUCUCUCUGAUGAGGGCAAGAUGUACGGACGGAAUGAGCUGAUUGCGCGCUACAUUAAGCUUCGAACAGGAAAGACAAGGACCAGGAAACAGGUAUAG